UCAAUUGUUCCUCUUCAUGAUGAAAAAUGGAGCGAGAGUUGGCUCUACAAACCAAUGCGAUUCCAACAAUAGGAAGAAGAGGCGUGUGAAGUUUUCAAGUUUACGAACGAAGAAUGCUAAGGAGAGCUGUGUGGGUCGCCGUGGUAUUCUAGUGACCUGUUCUCCUACCCAGGAAGCUGCCUGUCGUAGGGAGGCGUACCAACUAUUACUUGAGUAUUUAGAAAUCUUUCUUGAAAAGGAACCGAACAAUUCAGUUGUGAACCACGCAUUAUCGUUAGAGGAUGAACUAGAGCAACUUCGGAAGGAACCUAGCAAAGAUAUCAGUGUUAAGAACGUAGAUUUGAACUUGGUUUAUGCUCUAGAUGUUGGUGUAAAAGGCUCAGUGUUCUUUGCUUUUCAGCCAAGUAUUGUCUUGGACCCCUGUGUGUUGGUUUACAAGAUAAUGCAGGAUGUGGAAAUGACGAAAGUGAGAAAGUGCAGAUAUUCUGUUCGGUUUAUUCCCGUUGAUGGAGUAUGCUAUGCGCGCAAAGAGGAAGUGAGCCAUCUUUUUCGUGAAAUAGCUGAGAGAAAAGUUAACGCUUUGGCUGCUCUUGAGAAAAACACGUUUGCUGUUGUGUUCAGAAAGAGAAAUAAUUCCGGUGUUCAUCGUGACGAGUUUAUUGAAGCUAUUGCUGAACAAAUGCCCGCAACAUUUCAUGUAAAAUUGAAGAACCCCGAUUUCUCUAUUUUGGUUGAAGUACUUAAAACAUCGUGUCUUGUUACUGUUGUAGAAAACUAUGAACGUUAUUGUAAAUUCAAUGUUCAUGAACUGUGGGAAAGACUUGGGCGUUGAUAAGUGUCUGACAUCAUAGAUAGAUUCCAGCAUAAUGAUAAUGGUUUAUGAAUUUGAAAUUGUUCCUUUAUGUACAUGUAUAAUGACAUGGUGAAAAUCUAAUAAAACUUAUUUCAUUUAU